UGUUAGCACUCUGUUAUAACACACGUAGUGAUGUUGUUUCUUAUGCGAUCUGUUUAUGACACACGAGAUUAAUACUACGACUUGCCUCCACCCCUCCCGUACAGCCAGAGUGCUGGGGUCCCUGCCAAGUCGGUUUGAAAAGAGCAGACAAAGGCUUUGAGCUCAGGACGCCCCUCUCUCUCUCUCACUCUGCCUACAAAGCCAACCUAGCUCUAUCUUCCCUGCCUUUCUAUCAUGGAACUGUUUUUUAAUAGGUGGCGUUAAGAGUGUUGGUUUUAUUUUUUACUUUCUUACACUGAAAUGUACGACCGUCUGGAUCCCCGCUCGGCCGAGAGAGGAAGGCUUUUUGUAGGUAUAAUACAAGGAAGCGUCGUCUGAGAGAGGGAGAGAGAGGGGGAAGGAUUGACGCUUUUUCCUCCUCUCCUCCUCCUUCUUCCUUUCGCCCCCCUCUCCUCCUUUUUGGCGGAGAGAGGGGUUGAGGCAGGAAUAAACGCCUUUUUUGUUUUUUUCCUUUUCUUUUCUUUUUUUUUUUUUUAAAUGCAUUUGAAUCCUACUGCGCAACCAGACCGGAUCACGUGGGAUUGGAGAGAGUUGGAUCGAUUUUGCACAGUUCAAUGUGAGAAAAAAAGAGAGAGAAACAAACAACUCUUUCUUUUUUACUUCUGUGGAUAACUGGGACUGUUGAUACUUUUGCAUUAUUUGCAAGAGAAGGGGAGGGUGUUUGAGUGGGCUCUUUCUUUCAGCCUUGGAGGUGUGGAGUAUUAAUUCUUAUAUGCCUGGGUUUUGAAAAACAAUGGAGACGCACAUUUCGUGCCUCUUCCCGGAAAUUUUGGCCAUGAUUUUCAGCUAUCUGGACGUGAGGGACAAAGGCAGGGUAGCCCAAGUGUGUAUCGCUUGGAGGGACGCAUCCUACCACAAGUCAGUUUGGAGGGGGGUGGAGGCCAAGCUGCACCUCCGCCGGGCCAAUCCCUCCCUGUUCCCCAGCCUCCAGGCCAGGGGCAUCCGGAGGGUCCAGAUCCUCUCCCUGCGCCGCAGCCUGAGCUAUGUGAUCCAGGGAAUGCCUAACAUCGAGUCCCUCAACCUGUCCGGCUGCUACAACCUCACAGAUAAUGGUCUGGGCCAUGCAUUUGUGCAGGAGAUCCCAUCGCUGAGGGUUUUGAACCUGAGUCUGUGCAAGCAGAUCACAGACUCCAGUUUAGGCAGGAUAGCCCAGUAUCUGAAGAACCUGGAGGUGCUGGAGCUUGGCGGCUGCAGCAACAUCACCAACACUGGGCUUCUCUUGAUAGCCUGGGGCCUCCACAGGCUCAAGAGCCUCAACCUGAGGUCCUGCAGGCAUGUCUCGGACGUGGGGAUUGGACAUUUGGCGGGCAUGACCCGCAGCGCAGCCGAGGGCUGCUUGAACCUGGAGUACCUGACUCUCCAGGACUGUCAGAAACUGACGGACCUGUCACUCAAACACAUUUCCAAGGGGCUGACCAAACUCCGGGUACUGAACCUGAGCUUCUGUGGGGGGAUCUCAGACGCAGGGAUGAUCCACCUCUCCCACAUGGCCUCCCUGUGGAGCCUCAACCUACGCUCCUGUGACAACAUCAGCGACACGGGGACCAUGCACCUCGCCAUGGGCACCCUAAGGCUCUCCGGGCUCGAUGUUUCCUUCUGCGACAAGAUAGGGGACCAGACCCUGGCGUACAUCGCCCAGGGGCUGUAUCAGCUCAAGUCCCUGUCCCUAUGCUCGUGUCACAUCUCUGACGAUGGGAUAAACCGGAUGGUGAGGCAGAUGCACGAGCUGAGGACCCUGAACAUUGGACAGUGUGUGCGCAUCACGGACAAAGGGCUGGAGCUCAUAGCUGACCACCUGACCCAGCUGGCGGGCAUUGACCUGUAUGGAUGUACCAAGAUCACCAAGAGGGGACUGGAGAGGAUCACACAGCUCCCCUGCCUUAAAGUGUUGAACCUGGGACUCUGGCAGAUGACAGAGAGUGAGAAAGUGAGGUGAUUGGAAAUGUUUUUUGUGUGUGUGUGUGUUCUUUUCUUUCUUUUUUUUUGGGAUGGGGACAGAGGGGGAGAUGGACGGGUGGGGAAACGUCUUUUCUUACUGAAAAAGAGAGAAAAUCUUUCUUUUCUCUCCUGUGUAAGGUGUGUUUCUCCCAUGUGACCGGAAUUUUCUGUCCAAAUGUUUUAUUUUUCUUUCUGUUGGCCUUGCAGAAUCUAAAUUAGUGUUUGAUAUGACUUAAUAUUCUGCCUGGUAGGAAGCAAUUAAAACCUGCUUUUGUUGUGAACUCAUGAAAAUCCCUGUUUAGCAGUUGUUUUGAUCUCAUAUUGAGUUUUAAUAUCUCAUAAAUUCUGACAGUGGACUGGAAUAACUUCAAUGCAAAUCAGCUCGUUUCGCACAUUUCAGAAAGUGUCAUCUUCCCUCGUACUAUUAGAAUAAUCUGCUCCAUUUAACUGACACUUGCUUCCAGAAAAUUCCUGAAGUGAAACUUGCCUCCAUCCCUAAAGCCGGCAGAUUCCUUCUUCAUUUAAAGCAAAGUGAGGUUUUAAAACUUGAGUAUGAGACUUUUUAUUUUUUACAGUGAGUCUGGAUUUGAGACAUUUACGACUAAUCUCCGCUACAGCCAUCACGCCUAAAAAACAUUUGGCUACCUCGUAUGUGGUUGUUUUCAAAGGGUGUAUACUGUUGAAAAAAAAAAAAGAAAAGAAAAAAGAAGGAGGAAAGCGAGAAUGAGAGACUGGGAGAAAAUGUGCCUAAAGGGACUGUGUCUGCCCCCUCCCCCAUCCCCUCCCUCCCUUCCCUCUUCCCUCCCCUCCCCUCCCCUCCCUCCUCCGCAAGCAGAGCUGGAGAAAGGGAGACCAGGACACAAUCUAACUACCUUUGUUAAUUUACCCCCAUAAACAGCAACAAUUUCCCAGAGAGAGAAAGGGAAAGCCAGCUGUAAAAUCCAGUCAGAUCGCAGGAGGACGACGCUUUAUGCAAAAAAAAAAACAAAACAUGAACCCGCUUGUGUACAAGAGCUUUUUUUUAUUGUUUGUUUCCUUCAUUUUGUUCUUUAGGGAUAAAGUCCAACUUUAAUGCCCUUUAUAGAGACGCGUUGUGUUCAAGCUUUGACCAAUGUAAAGGAGACAGAUUCAGUUUACCCUUUGGAGAAAUACCUGUAGUCAUCCUGUAAUACUACUACAGAGACAGAGGAGUAUUACAGUGAUACAAUACGAGGUAACACAUAUUGGUAUGAUCAGGCCAUUAUUAAACGCAAUAUAUGUCAGUGUGAGUAUAUUAUAGGAAUGCUGGGUAUUUUUUUGUAAGGGAUGCUGAAUGUCAGUGGAUGUUGUUCAGAGCGUGGUACUUCAAAUUGAAGUGAUUUCUAUACCUUAUCUUAUACCCUUUAUUGAUCGAAACGAAUCAGGGUUUGCUCUAUGGUUUUUAUUUUCCCACGUUAAUGCCAACACAGGUCGCAUUCAUAUUCAUGUUGCUCUAGUGAGAGAGAGAAAGGUGGGGAGAGAGAGAGAGAGAGAGAGAGAGAGAGAGAGAGAGAGAGAGAGAGGAGGGUAGGGAUGGACAUCUUUUUCCUCCUCUUCUCCUUCCAUCUCUCUCUGUCUCUCUCUCUCUCUCUGUUCUCCCUGAAUAAAAAUACCCUGAAUCCAUUUUGAGACAUGCUUAGAAGAAGGAGCAAUCGAUUAUUUUUCUUUUCUCUCUCUCUCCUCCGUCUCGGGUUACAAGCGGAAUGCGUCUCUCUCUCUCUCUUUCCCUCCCUGUGUCUCUCUCUCUCUCUCUUCCUUUCACACACACACACACACAUGCACACGCGUGCGCACACGGGGGCCCGUGUGUGCACGUUUUAAUGUAAUGCAAUGACCUGCUAGAAAAAUUUAAUAUACGGAUGUGCGUCCUGCUGAAAAAGCUGUGUGUGUUUGAAAAUAAAAAGAUGUACUGUAUAUUAUGUGUUUGUAAAGAAGAAAAAAAAUGCAGAAUCCCAAAAUUAAAUUGUUUUAUAUUCUUACGGUUAAAACAAUUAAAGAUAUUUAUAUAAUGAACGAAAA